UCACCAGAACACCAACACUACUCACCAGAACACCAACACUACUCACCAGAACACCAACACUACUCACCAGAACACCAACACUACUCACCACAGCACCAAGUGUUAUUUAAAUGUGUUAUUUAAGUGUUAUUUAAUUGACAUAAAGACCAGCUUUUCUUGCUUUUGGAAUGUUCACCUGCAGUUGUUCACCCGCUGAACUUUAAUCCUCCACGCUUAGCUUGGAGGCUUUGCUUGAUCUUGUAUGGGAGGGACGAGACGCACAUCGUACACUCUAUUCCUUCAGUGGUUUUAUCUGAUUGCUAAGCCUCCACAGACUCAGCCCUCAUGGCCUACAUUGAGGGCGAUGCUGAGGGAGUUCCAAGGUCUGGGUGUCACCAGGUGAGCCAGCCCUAGCCCUAGUAGCCCUGGCUAUGGCUCACGACAGCCUGCCCUGUUUGACCCCGGCCCUCCUGCCUGCCGGUUGGUGCCUUAUGGUGGUGUUAUUUCUGUCCUCAACUCGGCAGCGCACCUAAUUCAGCCUGCAUAGGUGUGACUUUGUGUGUGUGGGGGACUGUGUGCGCGCAUGCACUUUGUUGGCAAUGUGUGUUUUGUCAUGUGAGGUUCAAUGCACCAGUGUGUGGGUAUGUGUAAGGGUUUGUGUGUGUGUCUAUUUGUGUUUGUCCGUCCUUGUGUGGCUCUCCAUGCUGAGGUUUGUCAGUGAUGCAUGUUUGUCUGUGUGAGUGUGACUGCAGCACUGUGUGUGUGUGUGUGUGUCUGUGUAUUUAUGUCCUUGUGUGUGUCUGCAUGUGCGUGCGUGUGUGUGUGUGUUUGUGUUGCUGCAAAAGUAGUCUCUUGUGCGUAUGGCACCACGCCUCUCUCAGCUGACAUGCAGCGUCUAAAUAUAUCCCUCUUGGAGCGGCCAGCGUCGGGGAGCAGUCCUACCGACGGCGUCCACCCCCUCUCCAAACAAAAACAUUUCAGGCUACAUUUAAACGUGGCGCUGCCAGCGACGCACCGACGGGGCCGGCCGGGCUAACGGAGGCGCUAGGCGGCGGUGCUAAACAGAGCGGCUAGGCCCCGCUGUGGUCUUCUGGUUAGAGUGCCACUUUGCGCAGAGUGAUGUUUAAUGCUGACGGAGUGCGGAUUCACCUCCGUUUCAUUCUAAGAUAGAAAAUGAAAACAUAAUGGUCAAGGCUGAGUGGGUGUGGUGGAGCUCUCUGGGUGAGGAGAGCAGAAGAUGACUCCUGGGGAUGGAAGAAAGUCAUGGGCCUCGUCAUGUCUAACCUUCCAAAGGGUUUGGCUCCCCUGUGUUCGCUGCUUGUCCCAGUGUUAAUAUAUGAAGGGAGUUAUGUCAUGUUAAUAACCAGUUCAGUCUAAAUGCCGGUCUCUCCUUCAGGCUCAGUGGAGGUGUUCAUUAGCACUUGUCUCUCUCCCAGGAGGGGUUCACUCUAUAGCUGGUCUCUCUCCAAGGAGGGGUUCACUCUAAAGCUGGUCUCUCUCCAAGGAGGGGUUCACUCUAAAGCUGGCCUCUCUCCAAGGAGGGGUUCACUCUAAAGCUGGUCUCUCUCCAAGGAGGGGUUCACUCUAAAGCUGGUCUCUCUCCAAGGAGGGGUUCACUCUAAAGCUGGUCUCUCUCCAAGGAGGGGUUCACUCUGAAGCUGGUCUCUCUCCCAGGAGGGGUUUACUCUAAAGCUGGUCUCUCUCCAAGGAGGGGUUCACUCUAAAGCUGGUCUCUCUCCAAGGAGGGGUUCAACACUGGUCUCUCCUUCAGGCUCAGAGGAGCUGUUCAUCCUAACCCUGGUCCCUCCCCAGGCUCGGAGCCGUCAGAGGAGUUCUUCGAGUACGACGCGGAGGACUUCCUGGGGCUGCUGACCCUCCUCAUCACGGAGGGCCGGACCCCUGAGUGCUCGGUGAAGGGCCGCACCGAGGGGCUGCACUGCCCCCCCGCCCAGUCCGCCAUGCCCCCCCUGCACAGGCACGAGUGCAGCGACAAACUGCCCCAGUGUCGGCAGGCCAGGCGCACACGGUCUGAGGUGAUGCUCCUGUGGCGGAACGGUAUCCCCAUCAUGAUCGAGGUCAUGUUACUGCCAGACUGUUGCUAUGGUGACGAGUGCCCCCCCAACGACCUGAUCAGCGACCCGGUCAUCAAGCAAGACGCUCUGCUUCUGGAGAGGUGGAGCCUGCAGCCCAUGCCCAGACAGAGCGGCGACCGCUUCAUCGAGGAGAAGACGCUGCUGCUGGCCGUGCGCUCCUACGUCUUCUUCUCCCAGCUCAGCGCCUGGCUCAGCGCAUCCCACGGCAUCGUGCCCCGCAACAUCCUGUACAGGAUCAGCCCUGCCGACGAGGAGCUCCUCUGGCAGUUCUCCCAGCCCCCGUCGGAGCACCUCUUCCCCGUCCCCAACGUGUCCCAGAGCGUGGCACUGCGUGUGCGCGUGCAGUCGCUCCCCCGCCAGCCCACCUACCCCACCCUGGCCUGUAGCAUCCACACCGGCCUGCCCUGGCCCGGCAAGACCCUGGGCCACGGCCCCCGGCCCGACCCCUCCGCCCUCCGCAAGGCUCCGGAGAGAGGCGGAGACCCCCCGCCCCCGCCCACCUCCGCCCCGCCCCUCUACGCCAAGACCCCCGGCUCGGCGCCGGCCCUCCCCGCGAGCACGCUGCCCCAGACCGCCCCCAAGAGCCAGGGGCCCCCCCGCGACCACGGGACCCUCUACCAGAACGGGGCCGACCCCCCGCCCCGCCAGGGCUCCCCUCUGUUCCACAAACCUCCCCCCCGCUCCCCCACCCCCUCCCGGGCGCACUCCCCCCGCCCGGCGCCCCCGGGGAAGGCGGUGCGCUGGCUCUACUCCGCCCUCAACGGGGGGCCCCUGGACCCCGCCCCCCAGGCGGACGACAGCUCCAAGGCCGCGCCCGCCGCGCCGCCGAUGAGAGCCUUCAAGGCCUUCUCGUUGGCGGAGCCGGCCCGCGGCCCCUCCCCGCGGCCCCUGGAGACCAACCCCCUGAUCGGCUCCCUGCUGCAGGACAGGCAGGAGGUGAUCGCCCGCAUCGCCCAGAGGCUCAACUUCUGCGACCCCGGCGCGCCGCCGCUGCCCGCCGGUCUGUUCGCGCCGGGCACCGUGCCCAAAGCCACCUGGGGCGGCGGUCACGACGACCACGGGCGCAAGACCAAAGAGGCCGACCGGCCGCCCCCCGGCGAGGCCCCGGCCCACGCCAGACCCCCCGCCUUCCGGACGCCCGAAGGAGACCCCCCCCCGCCGGGCAGGCGCCAGACCCUCGCCGUUCCCCCCGCCGCCUGCAGGCGGCUGAAGAUGACCCGGGAGGAGGAGAGGAACGGGGAGAAGGAGAGGGACAGGGAGCGGCAGAGAGAGCAGCAGAGAGAGCAGCAGAGGGAGCAGCAGAGAGAGCAGCAGAGGGAGCAGCAGAGAGAGCAGCAGAGGGGCCAGGAGAGAUGCAGGGAGAGAGAGAGAGAGAGGGAGAGAGACAGAGACAGGGAAAGGGAGCUGGAGAUGGAGAGAGAGAAGGAUAGACAGAGGGAGAGAGUGAUGGAGAGAGACAGAGACAGGGAGAGAGUCAGGGAGCUGGAGAUGCAGAGAGAGAAGGAUAGACAGAGGGAGAGAGAGACGGCGAGGGACAGGGAGAGGGAGACCGGCGGGGAGGGGGAGCGAGAGAGAGACUGUUCUCUGAUCGCCCAGGCCGUGCAAGACAUCAGCCGGCUGAUCCAGGAGAGGCUGUCGCUGCCCCCGUCGUCGCCCCCCGCGCACAGCCGGAGUGGCUACACCCUGCGUCACACACACUCCACCACCAUCACGCACACGGUCCGCACGUACACCCCCGGCCCCACAACACACCCCACGCCUCAGGGGCCCCCCGUGGCCACGCCCCCCGACGGCACCCGCACGACAGCCGACGCCCACCGGCCCACGGUUUGCACAGAGAAGCCCCCCGUGGAGACGGCCCACAACGGCUCUCACUGUAUACUUGAAGACUCGACGCGGCCGAACGGCCCGCCCCCCCGGUCCCGCGCCCCCCAGUGUUUACAGCCUCCUGCCCUCCCUCCGGGGGACCCCAGCGGCCGUGCUCCCAGCCAUACCUCGCCCCUGGAGAACGGCCUGCCCUCGACCCCGCACCCCGGCCGGACCCCCGCCGGCGGCCCCGGCUCCAACGAGAGCCAGACCCAGUGUAGCGGCCCGGCCCCGCCCAUCCCCCUGCAGAACGAGAACCUGGCCCCCCCGGGGUCGUCCAACUCCAGCUGGACCAGUCUGGAGAUGACGCCCCCAAGCACUGUACUGAGGUCCCACAGCUCCUCCCCCUUGCGACCAUGCAACAGCUGGAAAAAGCAGAACCGACACUCGCUCGACGGCAUGGCAACCAAGGCCUUCCACCCGUGCACUGGGCUGCCCCUGCUGUCCAGCCCUGUUCCUCAGAGGAAGAACCAGACGGGGUACUUUGACCUGGACGCCUCUCUGACGGGCUGUAACGGUCUGCCCUGGGCCUCUGGAAAGAGGGUGAGUAUAAAGAGAGGAGAGGAAGUCACAGAGGAAUCCCACCAGCUCUUCAGUGCCAGUGCCCCCCCAGCUGGCCUCAGUCUCCUUGGGAACUUUGAGGAGUGUGUGUUGAACUACCGCCUGGAGCCUUUGGGCAAUGUGGACGGCUUCAUCGCUGAGGUGGGGGCCAGCGGCUCCUUUUGCCCCAGCCACAUGACCUUACCUGUGGACGUGUCCUUCUACAGCGUCUCCGAAGACAACGCCCCCUCGCCAUAUAUGGGUGUGAUCAACCUGGAGUCGCUGGGGAAGCGAGGCUACCGCGUCCCCCCAUCUGGAACCAUUCAAGUGACCUUAUUCAACCCCAACAAGACAGUGGUGAAGAUGUUCGUGGUGAUGUACGACCUGCGAGCCCUGCCCGCCGGCCACCAGACCUUCCUUCGCCAGCGGACCUUCUCCAUUCCCGUCCGCCGGGGCGACGCCCACAAUCACAACAGCAGGAAGCCCCUCCCACUGGGACCAGUCCGAACUCUGCGCUACCUCAUCCACCUGAGGUUCCAGUGCUCCAAGUCCGGGAAGGUCUACCUCCACCGGGACAUCCGUCUGCUCUUCUCCAGGAAGUCCAUGGAGGUGGACAGCGGCGCCGCCUACGAGCUCCAGUCCUUCAUCGAGUCCCCCGCCGACCCCCCGUUCUCCGCCCGCUGCUGAGCCCCUCUCGGCCCCAGCCUACAGCUGUCCCCCCUCCCUCCCCCUACCCCCCCCCCCCAUUCAUCCCAUGCUCCAGUUGGCCCCGGGGCCGGUGCCCAGACGCGUGACAGAGAGCAGAGGGCUCGCGUUGACCUUGAAUCCUCACGUCGGGGUCAGCGCCCAAAAUAUAACGGCUGAGCUUCCGACCGAAGCCUUGACAGAAAGCCUUAACACGAGGGAUACCAACAUAGGAUGAGCGGGACUAAGUACCGCCUGAUUCUGGAUUGACGUAGAUGGGAGAACAAUAAUUAAGGGGUUUAAAUGUAGGACGCCCUCUCCUCUCUCUUAGACGAUCCGCGCCGUCUUCUACCACAUCAGCAAGCAUCUGGUAGAUGAUGGACAGAAGGAACGGACAGCCAAAGUACAAUAAAAGAAACCACAUGUUACGGUAGGGGGUAACACCCUCGCGAUUCACCCUUUGAAGCUGUAGGUUGAACCCAGCCGACCAGAGAGAACAUUUCUGUGUUUCAAUAAUACGGAAAGGUAUCAAGAUUGUUAUUUUUCAGAGCAAACUGCCUUCUUUUGGGGUAUUCGUAUUGAGAGUGUCCCCCCCUACCCCCCCGAAUGUGUGGCUCAGGGUGAACCCAAUGCAAGGAGGGCAUGGCUGAUUUGGGUUCUGGUCUUGAAAACGUGCUACCCAGACACCCAGAGCACUCAUGGACCACUGAAGGAGUAACUGCAAUCAAUCACCCCUGAGCAGAACCAACAGGAUGUCUCCUUCCCUGACUGGAAACGACAGAAGAAUAAACGUGUUUGUACUGAUACAGAACCCAUUUGUUGGAAGCAAUAGAAGGAAUAACAUUAGUUUAGUGGUUACACAUUUAUUUUUCAGUUUACCAUCAUUUAUUUAAUAUUUAAAUGUAUAUUUCAGUUACUACUCAUGUGACAUUUGUCGUGCUAAGCAUUAUGAUGUAGUGCAAACUCUGUAAAUCAUAGUAUGUAUUUUUUGACAUUAAUAUUCAGAUCUGAAAAAAAGUAUAUCUAUAUCUUAUAAAGCAAUCCUUAAACCUG